CUCGUUUUUCGUUUUCUAUUAGUAUUACAUAUUAUUUUUGUUUCCGGCUUGAAUACCUUAUACUCUUAAUGGCACCACAACCACCAUCGCCCAGGGUUCAGUCGGGCAGCCACGGGCGGCGACACAAGACAUCGCCGUUCGUAAACUGGCUGAAGAAGUCUGACGAUACCCCGGAUGCGAGCAAGCUGGCGUCGCCGGCCGAGGAGAUCAAGCUGGUGUUCCUGCGCAAGCUGCAGCUCGGCGACUUUGACGUGGACGGGAAGCGGUACCAUUCGGUGUUUACAGGCACACAGAUUGUUGACAUUAUCAAGGGCCACUUUGGGCUGCCGGACCGCAAGCUUGCCUGCAAUGUGGCGUCGCGGCUCAUUGACUGCAGCCUAUACCGGCACGUCUCGGGGCCGUCGAGUGGGCUUGGCGAUAUGUGCGUCGUAGACAGCAACGAGGAAGUCUACACGCUGACGUCUGAAGCGCAUGUCAUAAUGAACAGCAUCCACAGCACCGACCGGACGCGCACGCCCAUCCCCGCACAGCUGAAGGCAGUGCGGCCAGUCACAGUGCGGCCAACCGCUGCAACCCGCGUCACUCCAGCCUCAAUCAACGUGCUGAUUCCGUCUUCCCGCGAUGCCACAGACAACCCGCCCGCAAUAGCCCGCAAUAUGCCGCUGCCGCCGCCGGUCGAUACAAGUGGAUCGGAGGAUGAAGCACAUAGCGAAUCGGUCGCAGCGCACGUGCACUCGCCGUCAGAUACGCUGGUGACCAGGGCGACGUCCAGCGAGACAACGAAGCGCGAGUUUGUGCCACAGACGCCAACGACCGUGUGCCUGUCGCCAAGCGUCCGGGAGAGCGGCGAGUCGAGCCAUUCGGGAAACACAGGCAGCUCGUCAUCGUUGCAGAACGUGCAGAUUCCCGACGGCAAUCUGGAGGGCCUGCUGAACUCGUGGUCGUUUAUCAGCGAGAGCUGCCAGUCGAGCUCGCGCUCACAGGUUUUGCGCGCUUCAGUGCCAUCGACGCCCAAGCCGCCGCACAGUCCGGCUGGCCGAUCCCGCCGACCCACCGAUGACGAUAGCGAGGGAUGGGCGAAGCAUGCAGUGCGGGUACGGCGCCGGCUGGGCUCCAACAACCCGCGCCGGUUCUCGGGCUCUGCGCGCCACUACCCAUCGGCACCCAGCCUGUUUGACCAGUACAGCGACGCGGCAUCAGAUACAACAUUCCGUGAGUCGCAGGAUGUCGGCCGUCACAGCUCUGCACGUCCCUCGGUUCCGCUCCCAUACGACCGCGACACAUUGGCAGUGGUGGAGAACUCGCCCAGGCUAUCAGAUAUUACCAUAGCGAAUGAGUUCAAUACGCCGCGCCAGGCGCCCAACCAGCUGCCGCCGGCCAGGUCAUUUGAUCUGCCCGUUGUACAUAACACAAACAGUCUGCCAAGGGCAGCCAGCGAUUACACAGCUGCAUACGACUCACAAGUGCCACGGCCAGCUACAUUCCAGGCAUUACGGGAUGGCGGUUCCGAGUCAGCGGCACUGAUUUCGACCCGGCCAACGUCUGACGAGGGUGCUAGCGAAAGCAGCCCGUCCGUCCCAGUGGGAUAUCCGAUCAUCCCGAUCAUGAGCAAUAACUCAGGUGUGGCCAGCAGUGACGCCAUUGAUGUAAAUCUGGCAAAGCGCGAUGAUGAGGCAUUGACACCGCUCAGCAUCCCGCAAGGCACGUUUUCCUCGGGUGGUCCGCCGUCAGCUACUUCAGCCAGUGGUCCACCGUCAGCGCCAUUAUCGCGGUUAGGCAGUCCGGGCGAAGACGCUGACGAUCAGCAGAAACAGCAGGGUUUGUCAAACACAGGCAGCGGAUCCAAGUACUACUCGCUAGUCACAUCCAGCGGCCUGAGCCACGUCAAGUCCAUGCGCAAGUACACAACGCCCGAGCCAUAUAACCCCGACGCAUCCACAUCUGCCACGCACACGCACACACGUGCAUCAUCGGUCGGCUUCCCGCUCUUCAUGAACCGCACAUCACUGGGCUCCAGCAGCUCCCCCGUUGGGAAGCAGCUGCACCUGUGGCGAGAUACCAUCCCGCAGGAGCUGCUGCAGCAGCUUGAGCAGACCAAGAUCGACCAGCAAGAGGCAAUUCACGAGCUAAUUAUGACCGAGCACGACUACCUGCGCGAUAUGGAGCUGAUUGACGCCAUUUAUGUGCAGCCCCUGAUGGCCGACCGCAGCGUGAUGGAGAGGGAGCGCGCAGAGCAAUUCAUCGAUACGCUGUUCUUCAACUUCCGCGACCUGAUCAGCGACAGUCACGUGAGCUUUGCACGCGGACUGGCGGAGAGGCAGGCGCAGGCGCCCAUGGUCGAGCAGAUCGGUGACAUCUUCCUUGAGUGGGCCAACAAGCACCUGAAGAACUUCAUUGAGUAUUCGGUACACGUGCCGAUCUCGCAAGCCGAGCUCGAAGCCGAGCUACUGCGCAGCCCACCCAUGGCUGAGCUUCUGAAACAGGCCGAGACAUCGCCUGAAGCCAGGCGCCUGCCGAUCCAGAGCUUCAUUGGACGGCCGGCCACACGGUUUGCUCGCUAUCCGCUCCUAAUCAACGCCAUUAUCAAGCGAUCUGGGGAAACUGCCGACGUCACGGCCCUGAAGCAGGUCGUCGACAAGGUCAAGCGCGCACUGGACGAAAUCGACCUGCGCACAGGCAAGGGUGCUGAGUCGAUCCGCAUCCGGCAGAUCAGCCAGCGGCUUGAACUGUCAAAGAGUGCCCGCGAUAGCCUGGCCCUCGACGCACCGGCCCGGCGGCUGAUCAAGGAAGGCGUGUUUAGCGUUGCCGAGGGCGGCCAAGUGCUGGUGUUCCUGUUUGACAACUCGCUGAUCAUGGCCACCGAAAGCAAACGCAUCAUCCCGAUCUCCAUGCUCGAUGCCACUGUGCCUGCUGCUGAGACGGGCGCCCUCAUGGGAAUCCGCGAAGUGUUCGGCUUGCAGACCGGCCGCAGUGCGCUGAUGCGUCAUACGCCGUCAUCCUCAACCAGCGGGCGGGCGCCGUUGACAUUUCUACAUAUUGCAUGCCGCACGCUGUGCCGCACGCUGCUGGCAAGCUCGGUGAGUGACCGAGACGCAUGGAUCGAAGCUGUGCACAGGAGAGUGACGGUAUGUUCAUGGGAAUUUAUGGCGUGCCAACGUCAAUUCGUGCGGGUCUCACAUGCGACAUCCAUAUCGAAGAUCCAUGUGCUGAGAAAGUACAACAUGGUUGUGGCACUGUCCGACACCUCGCUGCUGGUGUUUUCGCUGUCGGCGAUCGAAAAGUCUACCAGCAGCAAUGGCAGCGUGCCGAGCACCAAGAUCGCAUCGUCGGUCGGGUUCUUUGACGUGGGUACAUAUGUGGGUACGCCGCUGAUUGUACUGAUGAAGCCACGUGGCAGCCGAUCGCAUUUCAAGUGCAUCCAGCCCUCCUCCAGCAACAACGACCAGCAGACUGACUCGUCAGAACCUGCUGUCCGCACGCUGCGUGUUGUUUAUCAAGGUAGCCGCGCAAGCCUGCGCCUGAUCAGCGACUUCAGUCUGCCAGGCAAGACCAAAAAGGUCCACUUUUUGCGUCGCAAACUGUGCAUCGUCGGCGCCAAUAACUUUGAGAUUGUCGAUGUGCAGACGGGUGCUUCUCUGCGCUCUCUCCCCGAUGCACUGGACGAUGACUUUUCGUUUAUUGCGCAGUUCGACAGUGGCCAGGCGCUGGCAGUGUGCAAGGUCGGCAAAGAGUUCUUGCUGUGCUACGAGGAAUUUGCCUUCUUCAUUGACAACUUUGGUAGACGGUCAAGACCGAAUGUGUUUGUGCGGUGGGAGAUGCGUCCGACGCUAGUCACCUUCCGCUAUCCGUACUUGGUCGCUGUCAACCCAAAGUUCUUGGAGAUCAGGCACAUGGAGACGGGCGUGCUGCUGAGCGUUGUGCGUCUGCACAAGGCUGUGUGUCUGAACCCAGACUCAAAGUCGAUUGUGCUUCAUAUUGCGGUCAAACCCAGCGGCGCCGGCCUUGUCACCGGCACCAGUAGUCAGCAGCAGACAAAGGCGGCUUCGACCAAAGCGCAAUCACCGGUGGCUGCCGACGCUCGUGCUGGCAAUGUCGUGCCAGGACUCGCUGGCAUUGACGGUAUGAGGACGUUCCCCGAAGGCAAUGCGAACUACUAUAGAGUUAUUGAGGUGCGGUUGCCACCUCUCAAGACGUCCAAAUAGCUUCGCCAUCCUACUACCUCUUAUUCGUGACUUAGCUGUUUCUUUAUGCCUUUGUGUCUGUAUUCCCAAUGCUCAAAAGUAUUCUAGGUUGCCUUGUCCAAAAUAAUCUCGCGCUUGGUGGUGCGUCUACUGUUACGAGUUAUCAGCUGGUGCAGAAAGAGAGCUGAUAAAUAAAAAGCCAACAUAUGACCACUAUUGCUGGAUAUUGUAACUGAAAAGCACAGCCCUGAGCUAUAACUUCCCGC